AUUACAAGUCUAGAUAAUAAUCUAAAUUCAGAUAAGACUCUGCAUCUUCAUUUAAACCUUAGUAACACGGAGACUGCAGUGAAACAAAGACGUUUCAACAUGACUGUAAUAAACCCAGAAGAGCCAAAAAAUGUGUUUCGAAGAAAAGCUAAGAAAUGGGUUCGUAAAACGUGUAGUGUAGAAGUAGUGAAGAAGAGACUACCGAUCAUAUCAUGGCUCCCGAAAUACAGAUCAGAAUACUUCAUCCAGGAUGUGAUAGCUGGCAUAACUGUGGGAUUGACCGCUAUACCUCAAGGCAUUGCAUAUGCCGUCAUAGCUGGCCUGUCACCUGAAUAUGGACUCUACGCAUCAUUAACUUCUGGAGUGAUAUACGUCAUCUUUGGCAGUUGCUACAAUGUCACCGUCGGCCCUACUGCUAUACUCGCUGCCAUGACAGCGAAAUACGUAGUGGAUUACUCAGCUGACUUCGCCAUCCUAACUGCCUUCUUAUCAGGAGUGUUCAUGUUCAUCAUGGGAAUCCUCAACCUCGGUUUUCUCGUCGAAUUUAUAUCAAUGCCAGUGAUCAGCGGAUUUACUACUGCAGCAGCCUUGCAAAUAGCUGCUGCUCAAUUAAAAUCUUUCUUCGGUUUGAGCGGCUCAUCAGGAAACUAUUUUGCAGAAUCAGUCAAGAAUUUUGUCUUUAAUAUUGGAACAAUCCAACUUUGGGAAACAGUUCUGAGCUCCGCAACUAUAGUUAUGUUGAUAUUAUUGAAGAAAAUGGGAGAAGGAUGUAAAAGAACUGAUGGAUUUUUUAAACAGAUGAGGUGGUUCAUAUCUUUGUCAAGAAACGCUGUCGUCGUGGUAAUAGGGAUGAUUAUUGCGUACGUCAUUCGAGAGAUGUUUGAAAGAGACACUCUUGCAGUAAUUGGUGAUAUUGGAAGCGGACUACCAAAGUUUGGUUUACCUCCUUUCAGCACUGUAGUUGGUGACCAAACUUACAAUUUUAUAGACAUGGUUAAAGUGUUAGGAGUACAGUGUGUAGUGAUACCAUUUGUAGCCAUUUUGGAAACGAUUGCUAUUGCCAAAGCUUUCGCAGAGGGUGGUAGAAUUGAUGCCACACAAGAAAUGAUUGCUGUCGGACUAUGCAACAUUGUGGGAUCAUUUGGACAGAGUAUGCCAAUUACUGGUUCGUUUACAAGGACGGCUUUGAAUCAUGUCUCUGGAGUUAAAACUCCUGCUGGUGGAGUCACUAAGGUUCUGCUCCUUUUUGUUGCUUUGACUUACUUGACUUCGACAUUUUACUACAUACCAAAAGCAUCACUAGCAGGUCUCAUCAUAACAGCUAUGUUUUCAAUGAUCGACUACCAAAUGUUUGCAAAUUUAUGGAAAAACAGCAUCAAAGAGUUCAUGCUAAUGUUAAAGACACUGAGCUUUUGUCUGUUUUAUGGAUUGGAAUAUGGAAUAAUAGCUGGAAUACUUAUUGAAGCUUGUAUGUUACUGUAUAACGUUGCAAGGCCUACUGUAGAAGUAAAUGUACAGAAAGGUGAAAAGGGAGAUCUUAUGGUGGUGACUCUGAGUGAGAACGUGAGUUAUUGUGCUGCAGAGCAUUUACGUCAACGUAUAAUGAAAGCGACUUCCCUUGAUAAUACCCACGUACCAAUUAUCGUUGAUGGUGCUAAUCUAAAGAAACUUGACUACACAGCUGCAUACAAUCUGAUGGCUAUCAUCAAAGAUUUGGACAAAACUCAUCAAAUUCUACUGCUGAACUUCGAUCCAGAAAUAAAGAAAUUAUGUGUGUACAUGGAAACAAGAUUUGAAUCGAAGUUUGUGUACGCAGCAAGUCCUCAAGAAUUGACUGAUAUAUUUCCUAAAGAUGUUUGAGAGAAUUUGAUACUCAUAAUAUUGGAUAUAGUUAUUGAUAUUUAAAUAAUUGUGAGAGGGGUGUUCAAGACCGAUAGUGCAAGACGGUGCAGUAUUAUUGAAUUUGCAAGACCAAAAAUGUCUAUAGACAUAAUAUAAAGUGUAUGCUUGAAAGACGAUUGUUCUGACGUGGACGUGGCAACGACUUCAAAAACUAUUAAAGCUAUGGUGGCCAUGAAAAUUGAAGCAGCCUUUGUGAAGCUACAGAAUAUUGAAACCAAGACAUUUUUCAUUGAUUUCAAACUAGCUAUUUUAACCACACCUUCAUAAUUAGAUUAUGGUUGUUGUAGGAUAAAAAUAGCAGCAAGACUAGGAAGGCUGAUAAUGUUUUAAGGUUCAUUUCUGGUCAUAUGAAAAUUGUAUGAUUUUGAUAAGAUUGUAUUGAAGUGUGUUAUCGUAUUAAGUGCUUUAUUUGACAGACAGUUAUAUCUUUGAGAGCACGCGUGUCGUUUGAUGAUCUGGAAAUGACGGGGUUUCCAAAAGUGACAUUACUAUUGGUGGUAAUUUUUGUAUGUCACUAUGUGUAUAUUAUUG